AUGGCAAACACACCCAAGUCUGGAGAAUCAAGUCAUAUUGAUAUGACAAAACUGAUUUCUGAAAUGUCAAAGCUUGCCUCACCCCCAUUCUCAUUCCCAUCCUUGCCCACCUCUUUCAACAUCUCAUCUCUGUUCCCAAUUCCCAUGGACAGAACCAACUAUUUGAGUUGGAAAUCACAAUUUGAAGACGUAUUGGAGAUGCAUGGCCUUGCAGAGGUCAUCAAGAAAACCACAGACCCACCCAAAGUGCAAGAAGAUGGCUCUGUGCAUCCUGAGUUCGCCAGAGACAAACUGGUCCUGAGUUGGAUCAAGGCGACUUCCUCCUCUUCCAUAAAGAUUCUACUCAUCCCGUGUACCACCGCCUAUCAGGCUUGGAAUCUUCUGGGCAAGCGCCUCUCACCCCUUGCAGGUACCCGUGUGCGGAUCCUUCGAGACCAAAUUCGCACCCUCAGGAAGGACAACACCACAACUGUGACUGACUACCUCAACCAUGCCAAAUCACUUCUUGAUUCCCUCAUACAAGCUGGUGCAACAAUGGAUGAUGAUGAAUUCGUUAGCUAUGUUCUAGACGGACUUGGACUUGAAUACAAGGAGUUAGCCACCACACUCCACUUGCACCCAGAUAUUGGUUUUGACCAGUUUUAUGAUCUCGCUCUCAGAGAAGAACAAUUACAGAAACGCAUGUCGCUCAACGUGGCCUCAGGUGUUGCUAUGGCUGCUGAUCGAAUGCCCAAUGAGCGAAAACCUCAUUCAAACUCCGCUGGUCGCCAUCACAACCCCUGGCACGGAUCUGGACGAGGACGUGGACGUGGCAGAAAUUGGAUUCAAGGGCACAAUGGGCAAACAGAUCCGUGGAAAUCAACCCAAGGAAAUUGGCCACAAGGACACAACACUCAGCCUCGCGACCAGCAGAUUGCACCAUCUGCCCCUUCUCACGCAACUCUUACAGAUGGACGUCCACCACUCCUUCCAACACCACCUGGCAAUUCUCCAAAUACCCAGCGCUCAGAAGUCAUUUGUUAUCGGUGUGAUAGGCCUGGUCACAUAGCCCGCUUCUGUCCAGAUCGUAAGCCUCAUGCCUACGUGGCUGAAAAUGCUGUCAACCCGUCUCCUUCUACUGAUGAUAUGGCAAACCUCAAUUGGUGUCUUGACUCCAGUGCUACCCAUCACAUGACCGCCCACACCGCUUCUCUACCGCAUGCCCAGCCUUACACAGGUACUGAUACAAUUGUUGUUGGCAAUGGGAAUCAGUCGCAUCUAUACGUCUCGGAAUGUGACCUUUGA